CUCGUACUAAGGCACCAUUCGCUCACUAGCCUCUCGCUCCAAAGCGACUUGCCCAAAAGCACAUUCACCAAGUACAUAUCCUUCGCUUUCAAGUUCUCCCGCCAAGUUCCUGUCGAACGACAGUUCGUGCCACGUGUUCCGAGUUCCGACAGUUCGGAAGAAACCGGUUCAGUGUACCGUGGUUUGAGGGAGAACAAACGCUAACAAAAAGAGAGAGAGAGAGAGAGAGAGAGAGAGAGAGAGAGAAAGAGAAAGGGAGAAAGAAAGAAGCAUGGCCGCUACCACCACCACCAUGAACGAACACACGCUGUUCGACUUCGAGGUCAGCGACGUCUUCGAAAACGAGCUCAACGAUAAUCUCUACAAUUUGAAGAUGUCGGAGGACAAGGCCGUGAGCGGUCGCAAGAGCAGACGCAUGCUGAAACCGCUGAAGCCGCUGCUGCGGAUGCUGAAGAAGCGUACCAGCAGGUAUGUCAAAAGCAACAAGCGCCAGGAGGCCGUGCCUCAGGUGGGGAUCUUCACCGAGGAGAUCGAGAAUCAGAACAACGCCAACGAGGCGCUGGAACGCAGACUCCUGCAGGAGCUACGGGACGCCGAGGAGGGUGCCGCCAUCACCGUCUGUCUAGACGGACAGAUGACCGUCGUACCGGUUGUGCCUGGUCAGUGCUACGUGCCGGUGCACUUCGCCCACACCCACGCCGGCGACUUCUACUGGACGACCCUCAGCAUGGCCGACAGAGACCUAUGCUACAAGGAGCGCGCCUUCUCGCAGUACCAGCUCCCCGAGGUGCAAGUGGCGUGAGUUGUCAUUAUCGAGAACAGCCACAUCUACCUCAGAGGCGAAUCCCCGAAGGACUGACGGUGACUCCGAGAUUCGCUGAACUUCCUCCCGCGAUCGCGUCCUCAAGCUCGAGGACUGGCGCUAUCAACCGAGGUGCGGGACAACAGCUUGAAUAGACAUUUCGAAACUGUGAUCAUUAGAUUGUAUAUGUUAGAUUUUAGCUGACAAUUGACUGAUCGAAAAAAACAUUCCUUGUAAAUGUAAAAUUAAUUUGUCAAAGAGAAAGAGAGACGCGUUUUAUUUUUUUUUCUUUUUUUAUACUGCGGCGACAUAUUUGCCGCGUUUGUGAUAUUUAUACUUAUUGUAUGUAUACAAAUUUAGAAAGUGUUAUUUUAAGAUUGUGAUAUCGGCUUUAAUGUUGGCAAAUAUCGCUGACACUCCUACUUGUCUUCCAAUACAUUUGUUUGAAAUAAAUGUUACUCACAA